AGCUAUAAGUAGUGGAUCCACUUUGAUCCACUCUUAUCUAGAGUCUAUAUUCGAUCUUAUUUAAGUUUGGAGUCAUAUAGUAGCAUUCUACAGUUUACGAGACUAUAGACUAGUUUCUAACGUAUAUUAUAUUAUACACGUCAGUUAACCUGGACUUUGAUCUGAGAUACACCUCAUUCGGUUAAGUACAAGCAAGUCGUUUUCGACGUGCAGAAAGUUUACGAGUGUUGGCAGAAGCAGUGAUCCGUAUUUAUUUUGUAAAAAAUUAAGUUAAGGAACAUUAUAUAAAAUUAGGAAUUUUAGUAUCUUAGACUGUUCUGGUGCCUUAUUUUGGAAGUGAUUAUAGAAGGCUAGGAAGAGAUAAACAUAUAUAUUUAUUUGAGGAACAAUCAGUUUGCCACAAUGCUGUUUAGUAAGGUAGCAAGCAUAGUAACUCGUAGGACCUGUAUCAGAUCAUUUAGUAGCAAUGCAACAGCCUCAAAUGGAUACAAUUUUGAAUUAUCAGAUACGCAGAAAGAGAUGCAAGAUUUGGCAAGAAAAUUUACAAAGGAAGAGAUAAUACCUAAUGCUGCCAAGUAUGAUAAAUCUGGAGAAUAUCCAUGGGAUAUACUUAAGAAAGCAUGGAGUCUUGGUCUUAUGAAUAACCAUAUUCCACAAGAUAUCGGAGGUUUGGAAUGUAGUGUAUUUGAUGGCUGUUUGGUUGGAGAAGAACUUGCAUAUGGGUGUACAGGUAUUGCAACAGCUAUUGGAGGCACUAACCUUGGGCAAACACCUGUUAUCGUGGCUGGAAAUAAAGAACAACAGAAAAAAUACCUUGGAAGGCUCGUAGAGGAACCAAUUGUUGCUGCGUAUUGCGUAACGGAACCAGGAGCUGGAUCUGAUGUAGCUUCAAUUAAGACCAAAGCAGAAAAAAAAGGAAAAGAAUGGAUUCUCAAUGGUACAAAAAUGUGGAUUACAAACGGCGGUGUAGCUAAUUGGUACUUUGUUCUGGCAAGAACAAACCCAGAUCCAAAUGCUCCAGCUAGCAAAGCCUUCACUGGAUUUAUUGUAGAACGUGCGUUUGAAGGUGUGACCCCAGGUCGUAAGGAAAUAAAUAUGGGCCAAAGAGCUUCCGAUACGCGUAUGGUUACAUUCGAAGACGUGCGAGUACCAGAAGAGAAUGUAUUAAUUGGUGAAGGAGCUGGAUUUAAAAUCGCUAUGGGAACCUUUGACAAAACUAGACCACCAGUCGCUUGUAAUGCGGUUGGGUUGGCUCAGAGAGCUUUGGAUGAAGCCACCAAGUAUUCUUUAGAACGAAAAACCUUUGGAAAACUAAUUUCGGAUCAUCAAGCAGUAGCAUUUAAGUUAGCCGACAUGGCCAUCGGUGUACAUACAGCUAGACUAGCCUGGAUGCAUGCAUCCUGGUCCAGCGAUGCUGGUAAACCAUGUUCUCAGACUGCAAGUGCUGCAAAGUGUUAUGCAUCCGAUGUAGCCAACAAGUGUGCAUCUGAUGCUGUACAGAUAUUCGGUGGUGCUGGAUUCAACUCUGAAUACCCUGUGGAGAAGCUAAUGAGAGAUGCCAAAAUCUUCCAGAUCUAUGAAGGAACGUCUGAAAUUCAGAAACUAGUUAUAUCUCGCACCCUAUUGAAUGAAGCCAAGCAAAAGAACAACUAAGAUUGAUAGAUGUUAAUUCAAAUCAAAAGAAAUAAAUUUCAAGAAAUAUUUUUAUAAGUGAUUGUAAAAAGUUAAUGUACUAAUGAGAAUUUUUAAUGGAAAUAUUUUAUGAGCAGCAAUUGAUAUUUAUUAGAAAUAAUCAUACAGUUGAAAAUACA